UUUAGGCCACCGCUAAAUGCGUUAACUUGCAGCACAGAGCUGGGCUCACUUGUCAAAAUUUAGCGUAAAAACCCAUUUUCUUGCUGUACGCGUUGUCAAAUUUAUUUAUUUUAUAUCGUUUUUGCCCUCCAUUUCCUUCCAAAAAUGCCAAUUCGGCGAAUUGAUAGUUUUUUAAUUUAAUUUAAUUGGGCAGUUUAUUUAAUGAUUUGCUAUUUCUGUCAAUUUAUUUGAUAUUUUUGGUUGAUAUUAAUGGUUAGCAUCUAAAUCUAAAAUCAUAUCCAGUUGGGUUUAUAUUUGUUGGGAAUUUUUUGUUGUCGGGAGCGCGGAAAGGUUUCGCCUUCUGAAUCUCUCCGGCCGGGGAGGAGAGAGAGGACAAAAGCUUAUCUGUUUGUAGAUGAGGGUUAGAGUUUUUGUUUUUUAGUUUUUUUGUAUGAUUAGUUAUAUACAUGGAAGCGUAAGGUAUGAGUUGCUUUAGUUGCUUCAGUCCUCGCCGGAAAGAUGUCAGCAAGGUCGAAAUUGAUAAUGGCACUCGAUCCUCAGGUAGUGGGAGAGGGAGAGGGCACUCUGAUGAUACUGAGAGUGGGAGGGGAAAAGGAAAGGGUGGUAACAACACGCAGCAAAGUGUGGCUCGUAGUUUCACAUUUCGCGAACUUGCAGCAGCCACGAAAGGCUUUAGGGAAGUGAAUUUGAUUGGGGAAGGAGGUUUUGGAAGGGUUUACAAAGGCCGGCUUGAUGCAGGCCAGGUGGUCGCAAUUAAACAACUUAAUCAUGACGGUCUUCAAGGGUUUCAAGAAUUCAUUGUGGAGGUUCUCAUGUUAAGCCUACUACAUCAUACUAAUCUUGUCACAUUGAUUGGCUACUGUACUGACGGAGAUCAAAGACUCUUAGUCUAUGAGUACAUGCCAAGGGGUAGUUUGGAAGAUCAUCUUUUUGAUCUGAGUCCUGAUCGAGAGCCGUUGAGUUGGGAUACUCGUAUUAAGAUAGCUGUUGGUGCAGCACGGGGCCUGGAAUAUCUCCACUGCAAAGCUAACCCACCAGUUAUCUAUCGUGACUUGAAAUCAGCAAAUAUACUUCUGGACGAUCAAUUCAAUCCAAAGCUUUCAGACUUUGGGCUUGCUAAACUUGCACCUGUGGGUGACAAAACUCAUGUUUCAACGAGAGUGAUGGGAACGUAUGGGUACUGUGCACCAGAAUAUGCCAUGAGUGGAAAAUUGACACUUAAAUCUGAUAUUUAUAGCUUUGGCGUGGUUAUGUUGGAGCUUCUUACUGGGAAGAAGGCCAUUGACUGCUCUAAGAGGGCAGGAGAACAGAACCUAGUAUCUUGGUCUCGUCCAUUUUUGAAGGACCGGAGGAAGUUUGUUCAGUUAGUUGAUCCUCUGUUGCAAGGACGCUUCCCUGUUCGUUGUUUGCAUCAUGCUGUUGCCAUUACUGCCAUGUGUCUUCAAGAGCAACCAACUUUCCGUCCUCUUAUUGGCGAUAUUGUUGUAGCACUUGAGUAUUUGGCCUCACAGAGCUACAAACCAGACCUUCGUAAGGCUGGGGUGCAUAGUCCUUCUUCGUCAUCACCUUCACAGCAGAACAGGAAUUUUUUCUCUCCGGAAUCAGAUUGCAGAACAAGUAAAACUUUUGCUUAAAAGUUAUUUGGGACAACCUGCUGCCCAUACUCUGAUUGAUGUGCCUAUCCUUGUCAAACUCAGAAGAACAAGAAAAGCCCUGAAGACCAAUGUAAUAUACACACGUGAAGAAUUGGUAUAGAAAUGUGCGCACAAGUAUGUAUAUAUAUUUGGGUUUGGACAUGUAGCAUUUUGGUAAAUUAAAAUUCAGGUUCUUUUAGUUGUGAUUUAGAGGUCA